AUCGCUAUCCCAUUCUCGCCAUUUUGAGCAGUGUGUGUGUGAGAAAAGGGGAGCCCUUUCUUCUUACUGUUUUAGAAUACAUGGAAAGUUUAAUUGCUGAGGCCAAAGAUCGCUGAGAAUACCCGCAUCAGUAUGGAGGACAGCAGUGGUGUGGCAGUCCUCAUCCCCCACGCCAGGGGCCAGCAGGACGCAGUCUUCAUCCCAGACCGGAUGGCAGCAUCUAUGGCCUCGUGCCUCCAGGGGAGUGAGGAUGAGCAGGCGAGGCAGCAGCCAGAGCAGCAGCAGCAGCACCAUCGGCAAGCUGCUGACUCUCUCAUCCAGGUCAUCGAGAAGCUCAGCAAGAUCGUGGAGAAGCGGCCGCGGCGUUGGAUCCCUGGCAGGAAGAGGUUGCCGCUGGCCCGCUGCGUCUCGCCACCUGCCAGUCCCACCAGCCAGAGGGAGGCCAGCCCCGAGCCGCCGUCCCCCUGCAAGAGGGUGCGCCAGGAGGAGGCGGAGGAGGCUGAUGGUGCGGAGGCGGGUCACACGGCCGGCUCGGAGGAGGUGGUGCCAAGCGAGGCGGUCGGCCGGACAGUGACCUGCUACCAGUGCAGCCUGUGCCGCUUCCUGUCGCCCACGCUGGUGGUGCUGCGCGAGCACCUGCGCCAGCACAACGAGCAGCACAGCGAGCUGCUGCUCAUGUGCUCCGAGUGCCGCUUCACCUCCAGCCGCCAGGACCAGCUGGAGGCGCACGUGCGCCAGCACCUGGAGCGCGCCGAGGCCGCGGCCAGGCCCGCAGGAGGGACGGAGCCUUCCGGAAGGGCCGCGGAGGACUCGGCGCCUGGCCCGGCCGAGCGCGGGAACAAGUGGUACAGCUACGAGUGCGGCACGUACCGCUGCCUGAUCUGCAGCUACACGUGCGUGCAGCAGCGCAUGCUCAAGACUCACGCUUGGAAGCACGCCGGCCUGGUGGACUGCUCUUACCCAAUAUUCGAAGAUGAGGCGGAGCAGCAAGGCCGGCGGGAUGCUCCCGUAGCUCCAACGGCCAAUUACAGCGCUGCCCUUCCUCACCUCGAGGAGGAGGAGGAGGAGGAGGAGGAGGCCAUCGUGCUUCUAGCUGCAGUAGGAGAGAAGCCCCAGGCCCUGCACUCAGCACCUGACCUGCAGAUUGAACUGUGUGGCUCCGUGGGAGCACUUUGUGGGGAAGGGGAGAAGGUGGCUGGGGUGGUCGCAGUCAAACAGAGUCUCCUGGACCAGGAGGCGUUCUCCUCCAAAGACCACGAUGCGGCGGGGGAGCCAGUCCUGGAGGUCCAGGUCGCCACGGACACGGAGCCGGCGGCCGAGGUGGAGCUGGAGCCGGACGGGCGGCAGGCGGGCGGCGCACCUGCGGACAGCCUCCUGAGCUCGGCCCAGAAGAUCAUCAGCAGCCGCGGCAACAGCGCCGGCCACGUGAACGUCAUCGUGGAGAGGCUGCCCUGCGCCGAGGCGCCAGUCACCAGCAAGCCCCUCCUCCUCAGUCCGGAGGUGGGCGGCGAUAAGAACCUGCUGGCGGCCGAGGAGGUGGAGUUGGACAGCCAGCCCCACGCAGUCUUCUACCAGGAGCCGGAGGAGGUGGUGAUGGACGUUAAGGAGGAGCAGCAGCAGGAGGAGGAGGAGGAGAAGGAGAGCGGCUGUGCGGUGGAGCUGCCCCGCGAUGAGAACGUGCCCCCGGCCCGCAGGAGGACUCACUCGGAGUCUCUGAGGCUGCACUCACUGGCCGCAGAGGUGCUGGUCGCCAUGCCCACCCGCGCCCCAGAACUGAGCCGGCCAGGGGUCAAGGUCACGGCGGCCCCACACCCGCAGAGUCCCGACACGGGCCAGCGUCCGACGGAGACGCUGACGGUCGCCAAUCACCACCACAGAACAGGCCCUUCCGUGGAACUGGCCCUGGGGGUGGCCGUUCCCGACUCACUGCUCGAGCAGCCUAGAGAGGACGCCCUGGCCGAGGGGGGGCCCACGAAGGCAGGCAUCAGCAUGUCCCUGCUGACGGUCAUCGAGCGGCUCCGCGAGCGCUCCGACCAGAACGCCUCGGACGAGGACAUCCUCAAAGAGCUGCAGGACAACGCUCAGAGCCAGCCUGCAGGCUCAGCGUCCGGAGCGGCCAGCGCGGGCCCAGGCGGCGGCGGCGGUGGCGCCACCGUGGCUGAUCCCGCCCUGCUAGCCGAGGGGGGCCUGGUGGAGUUCGUGGCGGGCAGCGAGCGGCCGUACCGCUGCCGGCUGUGCCUCUACAGCAGCGACAACAAGGGCUACCUCAAGCAGCACCUGCGCGUGCACAGGCAGAAGCAGCCCUACCAGUGCCCCAUCUGUGAGCACGUGGCGCGCGACAGUAAGGACCUGGAGAGCCACACCCUCCACCACUGCAAGACCAGGACGUACCCCUGCAAGCAGUGCAGCAAGGCCUUCUACUACAAGAGUCAGCUGAGGAGUCACGAGCGAGACCAGCACGGGGUGGGCGACGCCACGGCAACGCUGACGCCCCUCGCGGAAACCACGGCGAUGGUGGUCGAGGAGUCGGACAGGACAACAGAAGAAGUGCCAGAUCCAGUCAGCACCACCCAGCGGGUGUACAAGUGUGACGUGUGUGACUACACCAGCUCCACCUAUGUGGGCGUCAGGAACCACCGCAGGAUCCACAACUCAGAUAAGCCCUACAGGUGCUGCAGCUGUGACUUUGCCACCACCAACAUGAACAGCCUGAAGAGCCACAUGAAGAGGCACCCUUUGGAGCACCAGGCUGUGCAGCUCCUGGAGCAAUACAGGUGCUCCCUGUGUGGCUACGUGUGCAGCCACCCUCCGUCCUUGAAGUCGCAUAUGUGGAAGCAUGCUGGUGAUCAGAACUACAACUACGAGCAAGUGAACAAGGCCAUUAAUGAAGCCAUCUCCCAGAGUGGCCGUUCUCCCACUGCCAGCCAGAAGGCGCCUGCGGUGGCAGAGCCCAAGGCCGAGGCAUCUGUGGUGCUGCUGAGCAGGCAGGAGAACCUCACAGCGGUACCCAGUGGACCAGCGCGGCCAGCCAUCCCCGGGGAGGGCACCGCGGGCUCGUGCGCGUGGGAACGGUCGGAGGGAGGCGGAGGUGGCGGCGGUGGCAGCAGCAGCAGCAGCACGCUCCCACCAGCCGCCAAGGAGAGGGCGGGCCUGGAGUACUGCAUGCUGCUCUUCUGCUGCUGCAUCUGCGGCUUCGAGUCCACCAGCAAGGAGCAGCUGCUGGAGCACAUGAAGGAGCACGAGGGAGACAUCAUCAGCAUCAUCCUCAACAAGGAGCAGCAGCAGCAGCAGCAGCCUCCGUCGCUGCCAGCAGAGGGCAGUGUAGAGCCAUGAGAGAGCGCACUGCCUCUCUGCCUCACCUUUCUGUCUCUUUCCCGCUCCCCCUCACUUGUUUAUCUGUCUGUCUGUUUGUCUCUAUCCCCACACACUGGAGAGCCAGUAAAUGCUUCACACUGAGCCAGUGCACUUUACUCACACACAGAGACACACAUUCAUGCAUACAUAUCAGGCGAUCAACAUUCUAGGCUGGGAAAUGGGUUGUGUUGUUUUUCCUCAAAAUGGCCUCCCAGUUCCCCCAUCCAUUUCUCCUCACCAUGCCUUUCCUGUUCAGAAGAUGGCCUCCACCUCCCCCUUGUGCAUGAACUCAAGAAAGGGUUUUAGCGGAAACAAAAAGAAUCCUCAGAUAGCGUUGUAGUGUUUACAAGCGUAGGCUUUGUUGUACAAUAGCUGAAGUAGGAAUUUAAUUUAAGGCCUUUCAUACCUCACAUCUAGACUCAGCAUAAAUGAGCAGCUUUGCUUAGAAAAGGUUUGUAUUGCAGCAAACAACAGGCAGCUUCUCUAGUUCACUGUAAUGGUAUUUAUGCUGACAUGGUUUAGAUGUACUGGCCAUGCUAGCCAUGUCAAAGAGGAGUAGAUUAGAUGCCUGGGUUACGGUUUGUUUAAUCGGUUUUACUUGCAUUGAUAUUUAUCCAUUUUAUUUAUAUUCCCGCAUUUAUUUCCGUUAUGUCUGUUGGCAUGCACCUGUGUGCUUUUACAUAAAUACGCACACACACACCUUCACACACGCACACACAUAGUGUAUACAUACUCAAGGAAGCAUCUUCACCUUUAUGAAGGGUUGAAGUUAUUCUUUGUUUGGUGCUCUUAAAUGUUAGCCCUCUGUGAAGACUGUUCCUGAGUUGAAGGUCAGUUUGAGGGAUGAGUUCUCAACCUCAGUCACGCCAGUAAAAUGCUGUGUAGUUGAAGUCCGUUGCCAUCUGCCGUUGCUGUCUUUUAAGACGCCACUCUUAGAUUGUUUCUAUGGUCAUUUGUCAACAGUACGCUCACCUGAGAAUUGUAAUUUAUCUGGUAGUACAAUUACUACUAGUAUUUAUUAUAGAUAAUGUGUCAUUGUUUUUCAAUAACUCUGAAAUUUUCAUUAUUAUUAUUAUUAUUAUUAUUAUUAUUGAAUUUCCAAGUUUUCAAAGAGAUUUGUCUUGCAUAGGAAUUCUAGUCUAUAGAGUAAGAAGUUUAAGUAUGUAAUGUAGAACCAAACCUACAGGGUCAAACCUCAGUGUGUUUGUAGUUAUUUUAUUCAACAGUUAGCCUAAAUGAGGAGCUCAUUCUCACACUGGUCCAAUUUCCCAUUUCCGCUUGGCGUUCACCUGCCUGUGAUUUCUCCUGUAGCCAUGGUAGACUCGCGCUCGUCUCAUUCAGCCCAUCUCUACCUCCAUUCCCAGAUUGUCUGCCCUGAAGGCCCCUGACCUCAGUAUCUCAUUCUGUGAGCAAGGAGACGUUAUUCUGUAUGCAGAAUAUUUCUCACAGAAUCAUUUGCAUGCGCCUUCUGCUGCUCGUGUCAACAGAAAGCUAUGCAAAAUCAUGGGGCUAAAAUGAAAAUCCAUAAUUCAUGUUUUUUUUUUUGGGGGGGAUAGGAUUUGUAUAGCAAAAGUAUAUCAAAGAAAUGAAAUCGUUAUCUUUGCUGUGUCGAGGGGAAGAGGGUAAAAAAAAAUCAUUAGCAUACCAGAUGAUGAUUGUCUUGGCUUCAUUUACAAUUCAAAAUGAUGUGGCAAUGUGCUACUAUGGCUUGCAUGUUAAUCCAGGCCUUGCAUCCUGCUUGGCAUGAUGAAGUGCUUAGACAGGGGCAAGUGAAUUCCUUACUUGUUACACCCCCCAGGUUUCAUCUUGUGUUCAAACACACAUGACCACUAUAAAGAGUUGAUGCGCAAGCCUUCUUUCAAGUUACAUAACUGGCUGGCAUUGACUAUAUUGAUUGAGCUACCCAAGUGUUCCAUACAUUAUGCAUCCAGCACACCAAGGGUGUUUCCCUCAUUCCUCUGAACCUCUGAAAGUUGAAAGAAGAAAAAAAGGAUCAAAGGGCAAAAGUUUUUGUUUGACCUAGCCAGUUGUAUUUGGCAUUUUUUAUCUUCUUUUUUAAGCAACAAGGUGUUUGCUCCCCAUUCUCAUUCAUUUGUUUACGUGGGGCCCAUGACUCCUCGCAUGGACUGUGAAACCUCAAGCCUCAAUCAAGCCUUCACACUUUGUGUCCACGGAUGCUAAAUCAAAAACAACAGUGACUGAAUGCAUUCUUACAAAUUUGAACUUUGUACAUUGAACAUUGACGAAACAUUUGUGGGCUAUUUUGUCGUUUUCUUCUGGAAAAUGUCCCUUAUUCAUAUCGGCCUGGGAUGCUAAAGAAUAAGAAGGAUCCUGAUGCCAUUUCAAGAAAUUAUGAUUGUUCUGAAGGGAUCCCACUUGUGUGCCUUCCAUUUUGAACCUGAAUCACAGAGAUGGUACAUGGCAGUGUUGAGCUCAUUGUAAGGCUGUAAACCAUGUGUACCAUGGAGACCCUUGUGGCGUCAUGGUAACCCUGAAUUGGGUUCUUGUUUCAGUGUUGUCUUCUCUCAAUCUGGGAAGCAUCGCAAGCUAUGGUACUGUACUAGUCUGGCAUUCAACAUGUAAAAUGUAUACUGUAGUAUUGAAAACUGACAUGCUUUUGUAAAGAAUAUCUAUUUUUCUAAAUGCCUUGUGAAAACACUACAGGGAAAAAUACAAAAAUAGCCAAUUUCAGAUUUUUUUUUUUUUUUUAAGCCAAAGUAUCAAGGGGGAUGGUUCUCUUCAUUGCAUUGUAUAUGAGGGAAUGACUAGUUUUAGUAAUUUAAUUGAGCACAUUGAGCUGCAUGUUUUCGUGCCAAAGGAGGGAAUGAUUUGUGAGCUCAGUGUGACUGUCAACAUGGCUAAAGUCUUCUCGCCUACAGGAUCCAAAUGUUCUCAUCAACUAUAGCCAAUUCUGGCUUUAUGUUAAUGUUCGGCUCAGUACGUGUAUUAUAUUAUGAUUUUGCCAAUGUAUUUUUGGUAAUAAAGGUUAAGAUAAGA